AUGAUGUACAAGGUAGGUGUCAGGUCCAUCAAUAGUGUGCGUCAGUUAAGCAGAUUUCGUAGGUGGCAUGAAUUAGAUCUCGCCGAACAGCACAAGUUCAUACACAAAUUUGCCGAAAACUACCGCAAGCGGUACCCGGGAUCGAAGACCAAUCUCUCAUUUCGAGGACUCAUGAAAGACAUCGACACUUAUAAGGAUUCGCCGUCUGUAUUUGGUAUUUUCUACAAUAGCAUUUGUGACAACAUUGACCACGGCAGAGACAAUGGUCGUUUUGCGCACGACAGUUUCCGGAAACUAGUACUACAUAGAAACGACUCUACAUAG